AUGGCUCAAAAUUCUGUGCGAAGCUUGAAAGGCGGCAUCAAAAACAUUCAAGGACCGAUAGUGACAAUCUUGGUCGGGCCCUCAAAGGAGCCUUUCCAUGUUCAUGAAUCAACAAUAUGCACGUCCUCACUGUUUUUCAAAAGGGCCAUGUCUGGGCCGUGGAAGGAAUCCGAAGAACACACUCUCGAACUCCCGGAAGAUGACCCCCAGAUAUUCGCUCUAUAUUCACACUGGCUUUACGUUGCCAAGAUCCCUGUGAUUGCCGAAGCUAUCGAAGGGGCAACAAGGGAAGAACCAGAAAAGAACAGUGCCCAGGAGUAUUCUGAUCUCUUCAAGGCAUAUGUGCUUGGUGACAAGUUGCUCGAUGCCAAGUUUCAAAAUUCGGUUAUCGACGCGAUUGUCGAAAAAUGCUCUACACCUGAUGCACAAGAUGGGAGAUGUUACUAUCCCUAUGGAGAUGUGAUCAACUACGCAUACCAAAAUACGACCGAGUCCGCUAAAAUUCGCAAUUUACUUGUGGAUAUUUACGUGGACAGUGCGCUAACCGGAUGGCUCACCAGAGAACUUCCACAGGAAUUUCUCUAUUCGGUCGUUAAAGGUCUCAUCAAGAAAAGAUCCCCUCACACCAAGCACAUCAGAGCACCCGAGUAUUAUGUGCACCCCUCGGGAAAUUGA